AAUGUGUUAGGUCUUAUUUUUAUUGAAAUGAAUAAUAAUAAUUAAAUUUGAAGCCGUGCUCUAUCAUAAAACAGUCAACUGGUGAGCUGAUGUCAAACAUAUUAUUUCUGCUCAGCCAGUAGUAACACAGGCAGAUCACAAUACACUGUAUAGUAUCCGGUUAUAGUCCAAUUUGUUACCUGGGUUCUUUCCAACGCACUACAUGAGUCGCUCCGAAGAUUAACUGUACCGAUUUGUGAAAAUAUCGGAACGGUGCAGCAGCACUCCGAACCUUCAUAUAUGCUUCCACAACAAAAACAACAUCAUCGCCCACAACAAGAGCCAUCGUCACAACAGCUCAAACCACUUGACUUCAGUUUGACCAAAAAACUACUGGCAGCCGUAUUUUUCUUACUUUUCAUUUACGCCUGGAAGCAGUACUUCGAAGACGGAAGUCGUUCCGGUACAAGUACAUUGUAGUGUCAAGGAAAACGAGUGGAAUUCGAUAGUACGACAUCAUCAAUUAAAAAAAAUGAGUACGAAAAAGGUUUCCUAUUUCUUCAAUCCGGACGUGGGAAAUUUUCAUUACGGACCAGGGCAUCCGAUGAAACCACACCGGCUCUCGGUAAUUCAUCAUAUGGUGAUGAACUAUGGACUACACAAGAAGAUGCAGAUAUAUCGGCCUUACAAAGCCAGUGCACAUGACAUGUGCCGCUUUCACAGUGACGAGUACAUCGAGUUUCUGCAACGAGUUACCCCUCAGAAUAUCCAGGGCUUCACAAAGUGUCUGUCGGUGUUCAACGUAGGAGAUGAUUGUCCGGUGUUCGACGGAUUGUUUGAGUUCUGCGCCAUGUACACCGGAGCUUCCCUCGAAGGGGCACAAAAGCUGAACCACAAUCAUAGUGAUAUCUGCAUCAAUUGGUCCGGCGGGUUGCAUCAUGCGAAAAAGUUUGAAGCUUCCGGUUUCUGCUACGUUAAUGAUAUCGUUAUCGGUAUUCUAGAACUUCUCAAGUAUCACCCCAGAGUGCUGUACAUAGACAUUGAUGUUCAUCACGGGGAUGGCGUGCAAGAAGCUUUCUAUCUGACUGACCGAGUGAUGACGGUUUCGUUUCACAAAUACGGAAACUAUUUCUUCCCCGGUACUGGUGACAUGUAUGAAAUAGGUGCCGAAUCGGGCCGGUAUUACUCAGUCAAUGUUCCGCUGAAGGAAGGAAUCGACGACCAGAGCUAUGUGCAAGUUUUUAAACCGGUUAUUUCAGCUGUCAUGGAGUUUUAUCAACCGACAGCAAUCGUCCUUCAGUGUGGAGCAGAUUCAUUGGCCGGUGAUCGUCUCGGUUGUUUCUCGUUGAGUACGAAAGGUCACGGAGAGUGCGUAAAGUUUGUGAAAGAUCUGAACGUUCCUACCUUGGUGGUCGGCGGUGGAGGCUACACAUUACGAAAUGUCGCCCGGUGUUGGACUUAUGAAACUUCCCUACUGAUCGAUGAAACCAUCUCCAACGAACUGCCGAUGAAUGAUUAUCUGGAGUUUUUUGCACCUGACUUUACCCUCCAUCCGGAUAUUCCUAGUCGACAGGACAAUGCCAACAGUAAGCAAUACCUGGAGGCUAUCACUCGUCACGUGUACGACAACUUAAAAAUGUGUCAGCAUGCUCCGAGUGUGCAAAUGUUCGACAUUCCGGAGGAUGCAUUACCGGAGGAAGUAAAAGUUAAGGAAGAACCGAACCCAGAAGCCCGCAUGUCCCAGGAAGAGGAAGAUAAACAGGUGGAGCCAAAGAAUGAAUUCUUUGAUGGAGAAAAUGAUAACGAUAAGAGUGAAAAUGAACCUUAGCAGUAGGUUUAGCCCAGCACUUCUAGCAUUAAGCACUAUUUUAAGUUGAAACGAAUGAGUUGCAUUGCAACAUUGGUAAUCGUGUUUAGAAUAUUUCAAAUUAUAUUUAAUUUUACGCAAAUCGUUAAAAUACGAUAUGAAAACGUUUGUCUUUUG